ACGAGCUCGAACUCACGCGCGACUAUUUCACGAGGAUAACCACAGGCGCGAGGACUGUAAAAGGAGACUAUCCGGGGAGAACAAUUAUUUUACGCACAUCUGAGAUUCUCCGACCUCCGCGAGCGGGUGCAUGUGUGCGUUUUCUCGGACUGGAUGAAAAUGAUGCAAAGUGCGGCUGUGUUGCCCGGCGAGAGCGCGGUGAAGGGUCUGCCGGACAUCCUCGGAGUGCCACUGCAACAGAUCCCUCAGUGCGCAGGCUGCAGUCAACACAUCCUGGAUAAGUUUAUUUUGAAGGUGUUGGAUCGACACUGGCACUCAAAAUGUCUCAAGUGUGCCGACUGUCACGCGCUCCUAGCAGACAAGUGUUUCUCUCGCGCGGGGAAUGUCUACUGCAAAGAGGAUUUCUUCAAGCGUUUUGGGACAAAAUGUGCAUCGUGCCAGCAGGGGAUUCCCCCAACGCAGGUGGUCCGGAAAGCUCAGGACUUUGUGUACCACCUUCACUGCUUCGCUUGUGUAAUGUGCAGCAGGCAGCUGGCCACCGGUGAUGAGUUCUACCUCAUGGAGGACGGGAGGCUCGUGUGCAAAGAGGACUACGAAACAGCCAAACAAAAUGAUGAUUCAGAGACAGGAGCAAAACGUCCACGAACCACCAUCACAGCCAAACAGCUGGAGACGCUCAAAAGCGCCUACAAGAACUCGCCUAAGCCUGCACGACAUGUGCGCGAGCAGCUCUCCUCAGAGACGGGGCUGGACAUGAGAGUAGUGCAGGUGUGGUUUCAAAACAGGCGAGCAAAAGAGAAACGGCUGAAGAAGGACGCUGGUCGGCACCGCUGGGGUCAGUUCUACAAAAGCGUCAAACGCAAUCGAGGGUCCAGUAAGACGGAGAAGGAGAGCUCAGCUGAUGAUGCAGGACUCAGCGAUAGCGAACUUAGUUUCAGAGAAGACCAAAUCCUGUCAGACCUUGGUCAUGCUAACGGCUUGUAUGGAAGCGUCGGAGAUGUCACGAACGGCAACAUGCUUAACGGGAGCUUCUCCCUGGAGGGGGGUGGGCAGCCAUACCAUGACCUGCGGGCAGGAAGUCCCUACGGCCUGCCACAGUCCCCCUCAUCCAUCACUUCCCUCCCAGGCCACACCCCGCUGCUCAACAACUUAGGCUUCAACAUAGACGGCAUCAUGGGUCAGGGCGGUCAGCCUAAUGUAGGUCAAGCUCUGAGAGCAAUGGCCGGCGGACCCACCUCUGACCUGUCGACAGGAAGCAGCACGGGCUACCCAGACUUCCCCACUAGCCCUGCCUCGUGGCUUGAUGAAAUGGACCACUCCCAGUUCUGAAGUCAAAGGUCAUAAUGGAAAGUGCGGUACUAUGGACAAGAAAUCUGAAGAUUUUAUAGACGUCUUUCCAAGAACUGGUGACGUUUGUGCAGUGAGGCCCAAAACAGCACCUACUUUAACACGGUGGCUUGACUUUGCUGAAUGGCGCGCUGAUACGAGCAACCCACCGUGGAAUGUCUGCUCUGUAUCAUAAUUUUAUAACUCGUGUUUUUUCAUUGUUCUCAAAACUGGAUUGGACGAUUUCCAGCAUGAAAUGGUGUGCAGCUGCGAAUGGCGUUCAAACCCCAGACCACCCUGGAAAAACAAUCACGAUCCACCAUGUUUUUGAGAACAAGAGGGUCCAUGCAUGCUUCCGAAUGAGGAAGAGAACUGUCCACAUUCAAAAUGGCGACGCACUUUACUGUAUAUUCCUCCUCGACUGCACACGGCAGGCUGAAUACAGGAAAAAGAGGAGCGCACCGAACAAGGGGAGAUAUUUAAACAAGUGGCACAAGUGUAUCUUUCCUACUUACAAGGGUUUGGGAUUUUGAUGGUUGAAACUUUCUAAACGACUCUACUAGAGAUGGCCCUUCACAUUAGGUCUGAAGAAUAGAUCAAAAUUAUUUUUAAUAAGGAUGAAUCCGCAUGCACUGCUCUGAGUUGUCAAUGGUCCCUGUCCGUUUAGUGUUUUUUUUCCACAUAUUUUGGGGCAAAAUGAAACAAAAUAUAUAGUUUAAAAGAUUACAAUUAAAGUUAAUAUUUAUUUCCGUUACAGUUCAGUUUAUUUGUUAUUGAUAAGGUUUUUUAAACCAUCAAAACACCUUUGUUUACAAUUGCCAUUUUUGUUUCGUACUCAUUGCUUCAUGAGCAAAAAUGGAUAGCAGAACAGAUGACAAGUUCUAUUACACAGACACAAGUACCUUAAUGGCCUCAUCAAUUAUUAUCAAGCAAAACAUGUGAAAGGGAAAUUUACACUGUAGUUUUUUUUUCUUAUUUGACACAUUUAAGCAACAACUAUGAGGAUUUAGUGUUAUUUAUUCCUGUUAUGGGUACAUAUGUCAGUAUUAUGAAGAGGUUGAUCAUGGGAGAGUGCAGUGAGUUGAUGUAAAACUACAAAACUGGGGAUAUAAUUGUAAACAUGAGGAAAAUUUGUUGUGGCAGAAUUUUGACCCACAUAAUGGAAAACUGAGUUAAGAUGAAGCUAUGCUGAAAGAGUGAACAUAUAAGCUAACAAAGAGCAACAUGGAAAAAAGAAAAAUAACCACUCAGAAAUAUGUUUUGUUGAAUCUAUGUUGAGUCUUAAUGGCUGUAAAUUUUGUAAAGUCUCAAACAGUGUCGACAGUCUUGUUUCAUGAGCACUAUUUAUUGCUAUGGAUCUUUGAAAAAAAAAAGAAAAAAGAAAAAAAGAGCACUGAAUUUAGUCCUAUAUGCCUUCUGUCCAAUGGUAUGAAUUGUGUACAGUCAAAUCUAUAUGGAGAAAUAAAGCCGAAUUGUCUUUGGGUUACUGCAAUGUUCUUUUUUAUUUACUUUACAUGCUUUUAUUGAUCUUGAAUGUAAAGAUAAACAGCUUAGUAUAACACAGAAUAUAUAUACAUAUAUAUAUAAGAAAUGUAUAAUAUCACAGCACUGGUUUAAAGUCGUUAAACUCAACUACUGACGUCACCAUGUUUAAUGAUGUCAUCUCAAUUAAAAUUGGAAAUUGGUUGCAAAA